CAACCACUACAGCCACAGCCACGUGCGACACCAGCAGCAGCCCCAUCGCUGCUAGCAGUCAAGACGAGAGCUUUAUAAACCACCACAGCCUCGCCCUCCCUGCUUGUAACGCUGCAUAUCGACGAAGAUUCCACACGGACCCAGCAGAAUCAGAAACAACAGGCAGUCUUUGCUUCUCUGGCUCCCAGCAUCAGUCUGCUGCCAGACGUUAUCACACGCCGCACGCGCUCACACAGAGAGACGAGGAUCGACAACCGACUCCGCGCGCAGCUCGGGAAAGUUUCACCUGCUGGCAACUCCGUUAACUUUUUCAACAUCGUUGUUUUUUACAAACCAGAGCUGUCAUUUCGGCUGAUUUCCGCCCUCGUCUUCAACAUACUUUUUCUUCCCUACUUCACAGUGGAAAAAAAAAAAACAACCGAUGCUGGAGCCGACUUCGACAAACUGAAAGUUUGAAAAAUCGUCUCGACGCGAUCUUGGCAUCAAUAGCCGGACCUGGGCACGGAAGCGGUUACAGAAGACAGGUCCACAGGUCAGUUUGGUGAACACGGUGCCAAUGCCACUAGAGGGAAGAGCUCGCAAACAGACUUCUGGCUGAACUCAUUUCUCCUCUUCUGCCGACAUUUUGCCCACCUGCCGAACCCUCCACCUCACCUUUGCGUUGAUAUCCUCGCUGGCAGCGAUCCUGCUGUGCAGCGGUUAUAGCCAUCCGUCCAGAAAGAUUUCUGAGUGCACGUCUGACGUGUUACCUUCCUCACUGUUUGUGGGACUCUCAUCAAACUGUUUAUGUCAAAUCUUCGCUGGGAGAGCGUCCCUAUGGAAGAUAAUAUGUCAACGAAGAAUCUUCUGAAGGUCGACGAGGGCUUGCGACCUCGCGCCAACUCCGACCCGACGAUGGGCGGGAAGAUCAUAACACCAUUCCAGAUGCCCGAGAUCAUGAUCGAGGACUGCGCUGACAACGAUGAGCUGGUGCAGAUCGAUUCUCAGAAGGACCAAGGGGGUCUCUUUGGUCAGGAUGCGAUCCCCCGCCGCCGAGCGAACACCUGUCCGGAGGACUUGUUCCGUAGGAGAAGAACACGCCCGCCUACACCUCCUCCGACAUCCUAUCGCAAGGACCCGAGAACCAAGAUGACCAUCCUGAAGCCGCCGAUGAAGGAAGCCAUUUCUUUCGCGCAUCAUCGUUUGGGGAAGCUCGCCGAGGACUCCAGCGAAGGUGUGUCCCCGUCUUUGGUGUCGUGUGGCAGUGACAGGUCUCGCUCCAAAAGCAUCACAGCCAUACCCUUCCGUAAACCUCUGUCGGACUCACUGGUCCCGAGUUCGGGCUUCUGUGAACACACGUCGGGUGGAUUAGCAAGCAGUGACCCUGCGGAGGAGGACUCCCACUCGUCGCGCCUCAGUCGGUUACCGAAACUCGGUGAUUGUUCAGAUGAGGAGGAGGAGGGUGCAGCAGCAGCAGAAGCAGACAAUAAUUCUUCUGAAUCCGGUGGCAGCGCGGACGAUCUGCCUCGCAAAUCUUCCAAAGAUUGCAGGUUUUCGGAAACCAAGCCCCCUGGCAUAGACAGCGCUCAGCUACAGGCCUGCUGAGACAUGUUUUUGUGACAUCGAUUCCACAGCAGUGAGGAAGAAAUAUCGGGCGGGACGAGACAUGGAAUGGUAUGAAGGGAACAAAGGAAAAAGAGAGUGUGUGCGUGUGUGUGUGUGUGUGUGUUUGAUGAAAACAGAUGAUCGGUGGCCUUUGAUUGAGUCACGGAUGAGUGGUCAAACACAUUUUCCUAGUGUUUUAAAUGUCUUUUACAUCUGGAUAAUCAUGGCGUUUUAAUGAUGUCAGUAUUUUUCUUCCAGACAGUUUAAUCCACAUUUCCUUUGCUCACAACCAUAGUUUUUUUCCCAUCGAUUUUGUUGUUGUUCUGUGGAUAAAAAUCAAAACAAAAAUUCUAGCGUGAUUUAUUGCGCCACAAAAAUCUGUCAAUGGCUGAUAGUAAACUUUUAUAUGAUAUUUUUAUGUUCUUUGGUCUAUUUUUUAGUUUGGAAUACGAUCACAAAGUAUUUUAUAUGUGUGUGUGUGUGCGUUCAAGUAGGAAUGAGAUCUGUUUUGUAACGGAUAAAAGUGGUUUAGUAGUUGGCUUUUGCUAUGAUACCAUUCUGUGAUUUUAUCGUACUUUUGAAAUUAUCAAAGAAUCUUAUUAUCAUUAUCGAAUCGAUUUAUUAAAUUAUUUAUUUUUAAUUCCUUUUGAAUCCGAUUUCGCUCAUACACAAGUUAUUAUCCCAAUAGGCCAAUAGAUACAGUUAGUUGCAGUGAAAACUAACAUCAGCUGUUGCAGGUUUUUCCCAUCUCCCCCACUCGUUAAAUAUUCAAUAAUAAUCCUCUUUCAAACAAUUCAGUCCUAUUAUAAUAUGCUCUUUGAGAGCAACAUGUAUGCAGCUAUUUAACUGUAGGCGUUAGUGAAAAGCUGUGAUGACAAGUACCUCCGAAAGCUGACAAUCCCUGGAGCUCAGUGGUGUAUAAUCCUCAUGACUGACUUCUCUUCCUCCUCUGAGGACACCACACUGUCGACAACAAAGGAAGUAAACAUCUGAUGCCACUUCCCCAGCGAGAGGACGAAGGUCAAGAUGCCGGUCUGUUUACUGGCUCAGCCAUGCUGACAACAAGAAAGCUUUUCUUUUCUUGUUUUGAAGAGAUCGUGUGGCGAUACUUUAGAUGCAGCCAUCAGUGUAGUAGAUCGUCGUUCGUUCGUUUCAUCAUUGCAUCCCUUGACACUGAUGCGAGCUGCGGGUGGUAGGAUGGGGAAGCUGGAUAGACACAGCAGCUGACAAGCUCAUCUCUAUGGCUGUGAGAAAUUCCUUCAUGGAACGGCCAGUCUACUCCUCUAUGUUUUCCAGCCAGAAUUGUGGUUCCCAAUCUUAGACAAGCCUAAAAUGUUUCCAUAUUAAAUCAUCUCUUAUUUCUAAUUUUCUAGCUGAGUUAAUGGAAAACGGCCAUAUCGCUAAAUCACACAGAAGUCUUGCGAUUCUAUGACCGUUUCCAGCACCACUAGUGUUUCUAUUCUCUAGGCCAGACAACAUUGUAUAUCUCCAUUACCAAUAGCUCUGUGGGUGGAAUGAGAGACUGGCAGGGGAAGACAGCUGCAGACUUUAGUGGAAAGUAAAGAUUGGUCCAGGUCUCCUAUAAAUCCUUCACCUCUUCUGUAAACAACGAGAGGGUAAGAAAGACGAGCUGAAGACCUCUUCAUGUUUAAGCUCUGCAGCAGUUCGACCAGACGAUGACCCCCGCUGCACUUUAGUGUUCGUCACUGGGAAAAAAAGCAAAAUCACAGUAAAAGAAGUGAAGGGCAGGAUUGAUCAGAUUCGAAGGUUUCUUUGGCAAGAAUGUGUACUUAAGCGAAAAGAUGUCAUCUCCAUUAGACUAAAAAGCAACAGCGAUAGACGGGAGCCAGGUUAACACGAACAAUGGGGAAUGUGAUUCUUAGUUGUCACCUUUUCACCACAGACUUUCACCUACACACUUUGUCUCAAUAUAACGUUUAUUGUAAGGUUCUGGACACAUAAUUCUUUAAUUUUGCUUCUUACAUUAUAACUGAUUUUAAUACAUAAAUAUUUUUCUCAUAUAUAAAAAGACUGUAAAGACAAAUCAAAUUUUGUUUUUUAUGUAAUAUUUGUGGUGUUGUUUGUAUCCCUCUGUAAUGUUCAUUGUCUGUCAUUACAUUGCUGACUGGCCGCAAUCAUUCCGUUUGAUCUUUGGCUAAUGCGAGCCAUGGCAGCCUGUAGUAACAAGUAUGUUGACCCUGGCUUCUCUGCUCUCCAUUGAUAACAGACAUCGCUAGACAUCAUUGUCAUCACAGUGUGGACCAUUGAAUACACAAUGUUUUUAUGUACUUUUUAUGACUACACUUAAAGAUAUCAGAAUCCUACUUAUCAUGAAGUUGUUAACCAUUUUAUUAACCAUAUCUGUGAUGAGCAUUGAAAACAAUUCUCUAUCAUGAAUUUUGUUUGAUGAUGAUGAUGACGAUGACGACGAUGAUGAUUGGCAAAUUUAUAGAAUCACAACAUUUAGAUGGCGUUGUUUUAUUGGCGCUUUGCUCAAUGACCAUGUAACUCUCCUGUCACCCAGAUGUCUCAGAACAAAUGCAAUGUUACCAUUGGCUGAAGGAUGAUAAAUUAUAUGAUGAAUUAUUACUGUGAAAAUACUUCAGUGUUAUUUAAAAUAAUAAUGAACUUCA